AGGAUCGGCCCCAUUCUGAUGCGCCUCCGCGUCUUCAAAAGGAUCCCCGACCUCGCUUACUUCAACUCCAUCGCAUCACAUCCACCAUCACUUGUCCCAUCGCUAACUAGCCUAACCAGCUAGCAAGCGCCUGCGCGGCCCCGGCGAUGAACAGUGUCCCAUUGCUGUUCGAUCGCACAUCAGAACUCUUUUCUAAGGGAUCAGCCUUGCUGAUCGGUUUUAACCAUUUUUAUUUUUUAUUUUUUUUCCCUUUUUCUUUCAUAACUUUUUUUCCUUUUCCUUCUCGAAACCAACCUGUGUCUUGUUUCGCGUAGUCGACACCCUCUGAUUGCCAGCAGCUAGAAAGCUCCGCGACCGUGGAUUGUUAGCAACCGUCGCGGUGUACGAAGUGAGCAGAUCAGUGAUUCAUAUUCUCGUUGGAAUUCCGAGUGGGAUAGUGAGAGACCAGGGCAGCGGCUUGGGUUCGUUCUAGUUGUGUCAUUUGUGUGCUUGCCACUGUUUGAUGGUCAGUACAUCGCCUUAGCUUGCAGUCCGCGUGUUGAUUUUUCCUUAAGCGUGCUAGGUUACUGCCCUCAAGGCGGAUUCGCUAUGCAGAACUGAAAACUAAAUUAACACAUUCAACAAGCUCAGCAUGAAUCGUAUCUUCUUCUACGCAACCUGGGCGGAGGCUUUCAGAAACUCCUAAAGUGUUCGUCGAAGUUGCGCACUGUUUUUUGCUCUCCCUGCGAGUACUCCACAUUGCCCAGAGAUUUAUUUUAGCUUCGUUACUUUGGGCUGCCGUUCUCCUACUCAUCCAAGGUUAGAGAUGCUAGAAUAGAACACUAGAGAGUAGACUAACUGCAACUUUUUCGUAUAAUACCUGGACCUAGUGAGAUCGAAGUCUUCAGUACAGGUCUUCCAACUGAGUUACGAAUGCUUGUGACCAGAAUCACAGCUUUGAACUUUAGACUCUGAAACAAUUGCAUUCUAGUGCAUCAACAUGUAACGGCAAAAUUUUGGGCUUGAGCUCAAGGCUUUAACUUGUCAACUAUCUGGUUGGAGACAAGGUGUGUUGUCAGUCAAAUUUGUAGAGGUAGUAAGCGGGAGUUGGAAUUGAGGAAGGAGAUGCAAUAGUACCCAAAUUGGUGAGCUGAUAUUUGUGCGGAAGCGAUUACUAUUAUCAACCAACAUGCCAGUUGCGCAGCCUUUACACCCGUCGCAUCACAAGUCGCUCAUGCACGAAGCUCCAAACCAUUUUAGAACACUGGCGCCGAGGAAUGGCCUGCACCGAGGGCAAAGCGACAAUUACAGUGGGUUGCGUCCAGAAGCUGUGAAAUCUAACCUGCUAAGAGGCGCUAGCGCUGAUUUGUCCGAGUUCAUUUGGCCCAAGGACCAAUGGCCCUCCGUGUCUCACAACGACUUCCACAUGGCACAAGAGUUGCCCACCGUGGACCUCUCAGACCUGCACCAUGGCUCCGAAGAGAGCCGAGAGGCGACAGCAAAAUUGCUAGUGAAGACGUUCUCCGAAUGGGGAUUCGUGCAAGUUAUCAACCACGGGGUGCCAACGGAGGUCAUCGAGAAAAUGCAGAACCAAGCACGGAAUUUUUUCGAUUUGCCACUGGAACAAAAGGAGAAGGGCGUCGCGUCUAGCACCAGCAAGCACGAAGGCUUUGGUUAUGGCGUUGAAAGUGGGUUCUACUACGCUGGCAAGCCGUGGAUCGAUCGGUUUCAGUGCCGAUGGAGCCCCGUGUGCGAGAUUCGUGAGCCCGUCGAGAAGGUGUUCAGCCCCACUGACGCCGAGGAGUUUAGCACCAGCAUAGAGGACUACAAUGGCCGACUGGACAAGCUUGCAAUGCAAAUUUUGGAACUAACCGCACAGGGUCUCGGCCUUCCCUCUGACACGUUCAUCAAGCCCUUCAACGGCACAGCUGGUGACUGCAUUGCCCGCAUGAACUACUAUCCACCGUGUCCACUUUCCUCUCUUACUCUGGGACUCGGUGCUCAUACAGACCCCAACCUCUUGACCAUACUGAGCCAAUGUAAAGUCGGCGGAUUGCAAGUCUGCAAAAAUGGCACAUGGAUUUCAGUGAAGCCCAAACCCGACACGCUCAUUAUCAACAUCGGAGACACUUUUGAGGCAUGGACAAAUGGACGGUUCUGUAGUGUGGAGCACCGCGCUGUUGUGAACGAAUCUGAAGCCAGGAUGUCACUGGUGUAUUUCGCCUCACCUCCCUCCAAGUCCGUUAUUCAAAUCCCGGAACAGCUCAUCACCGCGAAGCAUCCCUUGCGCUUCCGGCCUUCCUUCACAUGGGAAGAAUACAAGAGCCACUUGUUCAAGAGGCACGUUGGAGGCAACGGCGUCAAAACCUCGAAAGAAUGGUUGCGAUUACCCGCACCCACCUCGCACACAUAAACAGCAACUGCAACUGAACACUUUCACUCUCAUUCUUUCGGAACCUGAUUCAUUAGCACCGGUGCUUAGGAAGUGGCACAUACAACUCCUCAAAUCGAUGAAUACGAACCCAUUUCGGCUUUACGGUAUUUGACAUGGACUACUACUCUUCUGUCUUAUUUUUUAAUUUUUUUUAAUUUUUUCUUUUUUCUUUCUCAACUCCUUUUCCCUCACCAACCGUAGCCAGGUCCUUCAUCAUGCACAUAUUCAACUUUGUACACAUGCACGUUGCUAGAUUCUUGUUCCCUAGCAGGCAAGGUUCCGAAGAGCUGCCAAGCUUUUCCUCCGAGGUAGAGGCACGUACCGGUAAAAAGAAACAACUCUAGGCGAUUAGCAGGGCGUCGGCACCACAUGCUGUGGCUGCUGCCGCCUGUGUUCCUUCUUUUUAGCUGGUUAAUUUUGGGUGACCACGAACUUAUUGAUCUUAAUGCAAACGCUUCCACGUUGUAAUCCUUCCUUCACCGAAGCUCUGUGAAUCCACAUUGUACUCAUUCUUCUUCAUUA